AUGAAACAGAUAGUGAUUCAGAUUAUGUACCUCAACAAAAAGAAUAUGAAAAUUCUAAAGAAACAGACACGGAUACCAAAGAACGCGAAAAUGAAAACAGAACCGAAUCAGAUAACAAAGAACGCGACCAUAAUCAAACGACAGAGAAGAAAAGAACCCGUAAACGAUCAAGAAAUGGAGAUGAAUGGAGAAGAAAUAAAAUCAACGAGUCUCAGAAAUAGUGGAAAAAAUUAUAAAAAUUGGAAAAACAAUCUUGUGUCUGCUCGAAAAAUAAAAGGUCCAUGUACCUGCAUUUUAAAGUGGUCAACUAAAUUUAGUGAAGAAAAUAGGAAGGUAGUGUUUGAUCAAUAUUGGGGCGUAGGCAGCAUAGACAGACAAAGAGAUUUUAUUUCGAAGCACGUCAAAUUUGUCCCAAAAUGGAGAUGUCGACUAAGGGCUGAUAAAAAUGAAGAAAUUGCCGUAAAUAGUAGAAGAAACUAUACAUACAUUUAUAACUUGCGCAUUUAA